UUGUCAAGAAAUUGUCAUUCAUAAAUGCCUAGUCUAGUUGUUGCCUAAAAAAUAUUGUUGUUGAAUCACAUACAUAGUAUCUAAAAGUUUAUUUUCUACACUGAAAAUGCUAAAUUAUUAAUUAGGAAAUCAUUCAACUCAAUACCAGCAUCAGUGACGUUCUUCGAUACUCAAGCGAAGAAGAGUACGCUGUCGUAAUUUAAUUUGACUUUGUUUUGAAGAAAACAAUCCAGCAAGACGGCGGGCCGAAGCAGUAUGAGACGCGCUAGAGACGGGUACGCGUACCAGCCUAUCCCCAGGGUGGCUACGGAAGAUGCAGUCGCUCACGAGAACGAUCAAAUGGCGGAGGAGCUCAGCGGAAAAAUCAGCACUCUCAAGCAUAUGUCGAUUGAAAUCGGCAACGAAGUCCGAUAUCAAGACAAGAUCUUGCGUGGACUCGAUGAUGAUGUCGACAGAAGCUCUGGUUUUCUUGGGAAAACCAUGGGCCGAGUAUUAAGACUAGGCAAAGGCAAUCAUAAUUACUAUAUAUUUUAUCUGUUUCUUUUCUCGAUUUUUGUGUUCUUCCUACUUUAUAUUGUUUUGAAAUUCAGGUGAUCUGGCGAAACAAUUACAUGACUGAAUUCCAAAUUGAACCUUGUUCUUAUUUAUAUGUAUUUAUUUAUUAAGAUAGACCUGUAAUAUAAAAUAUUAUGUAAAUAAAUAGUUUGCAAAACACA